UGUGUAGUGCUCUCCUGCCGUGUAAGCUCCAAAACGGUACGCUUCUGGCACUUUUUGUAAGCAUUUGGCUUUGGCCCACUCAGAAGCACAUCUUCUGCAGCACUUGGAUUAUCCUGCGCUGUACCGUGCUAAAACCCGGUAAGUAUGUUAAGUUCAUUUCAUCCAUUAUGCGUUAAAAAAGUGACGAAACUGUGUCAUCCUGGCUCGUGCACCGGUACGCAGAGGCUGUGCUCAUUAAACGUGAACCGAGCCAAACCGAGAAUCAAUUUAAAGUCGUAGCGACGUCGCGAUCGUGCGUUUUUUUUUCGCGUUGUUGUUAACUAUUAAGCCAUCCAAAAACUGAGUGCGGUUAAGCGAAUAAUUCGUUACAGUGAGGUUGGCUUUAUACAUGAAACGAAACCAGCCAACCACCAUUCAUGCUUACAAUCAAACAAGGUUAAUUUUCUAAGUUGAACCGUUUUUUUUUGCGCCUCCCACCUGAUCGCUUGCUCAAUAACAGUUUCAUUUUGUUUUGGGCAACGAAAAAGGAGUUGGUGUGCGGGUUAUCACAUCCCAUUGCCAGAAUGGAGUUGUAGAAAGGAUUGGCUCCGCUGUAGAAAGAGAAGUCAAAAGUCAAAUUUAAAAUUACUGUUACCAUCGAAUGCUCGUACCACGUGUGUUGCCAUUUCGGUACGCGUGGUUGAGAAAUGGGAACUUGGGAUUGUGUGUGUUUUUUUCGGUUGUUAACCAUAUGCCACGCCAACGACAAGUGUGACAUACGGUGAUGAAGAAUGCCAUUUUGAAGAUGCGUUUGAUGGAAUGGUGAGAACAAAACGCCUCUUUUCCUUUGUGAACAAUUUGAGAGUUGAAGAGUUUUCGGACCUUUAAACCUUGACAUUCGAUCCGACUUUGGGUGAGCGUUUUUGGGAACCCAAAACCUCAAUAAAGUAUUGUGAGUUAUUUCGAAUAAGCGUGAAGAUUCCCGCGAAGAUUUCCAGACUGUUGAGAAGUAAUACUUACGAUUUCACCAGCCCAUGUCUUACCAUAAAAGCUUUACCAGGUAGACACGUAAACGUUCCGGCAUUGCUAAUCGGAGUCGAAGAGUGCAAACCGAUUUUUCUGUUUUGUUUGUCUUCUUUUAAUUAUCUGUAACUGUGGAAUUCCAUUAACUCCAUCCUCGAUCCAACACGAUGGCACGGUCAUCUAAAUCCGGACGGGAGCUUAAACGAUCCCUGCUGCUUAUCAAAUGAGGUGAACAUACAGACGGCGAGAAACGAAAGAGUCGCUAAUGUUGUUUCACUUUCGGAAAGACGAAAAAACGGUUACAUUUGAUGCCGUUUUUUCCGGACGUUGCCUCUCACCGGCGUGGAUGGCUUCUUUCAGACUGAAUUUCCACUAAUGGGACACCGAGGUCACCGGAGCUAAGCUGAAACUUAUCGAACCUUAUAUAGUGUCCUAUUAUUCAUGCAGUAAAAAUCGCUGUAAUGCUUUGUUGGUAAGUAAGUUUAGGUCCCAAUCAGUGAGCCGAAUGGAAACGCGAUGUGAAUGUCGUGUCCAAUGUUAGACGUAACAAACAACAUCUACAGACUAACGACUAAAUUUAGUACGUCACAAAAAUUUAACACUUUACUGCGCAGUUCCAAAUGAAAUUCCUUCGUUCGGUGCAUAGCAAGAGGAUGCACGGUAUAGCUUCUUGUUGGGAUUUUGAGGUUUUCUUCUGCUACCAAGAAUUCCGUUCUUUGAGGCCCGUCUGACCGGCGAGGCCAUUGGCGGCCGCCUACCGUUAGAUCCGACACUGUAUUUCAGGUGUCAUUUGACUAUUAGAUAAUCGGAAUAUUGGGUAAAGAAAAAAUCUAUUAAGUCAUUAUAGAACAGACAUGUGCGAUUAAUUCAGGAAGUGAAAUUAAAAGAAGAAAACGUUUAUAAAUGUUAGGUUCAAUUGCAAACCUAAUAACUCCUAAUGGAGACGCUCUCAUGAUCAACUAUAAAACCGAUUCAUGACGCAGGUGAUCAUUUAUUCUUAUCCAUCAUUCUACAUCUGCUACGCAGUAGAAACCACCUUUUAAUAUAGCGUCAUUUGUCAUCGUUACUUGAGCAAUUUUAUUCUGAAAACAAUCCACUCCAUUCAUAUUGCCAUUCCUUCGCAAUUAUGGGUUUUAUUUACGAAAAAGCUGACAAAUUACCUCUCUGUAAGAAGAGGCGCAUCAAUCUUCAAGAACGAACUCAUCUCUCAACACACAUCACAUGGGUAUGUAAAUCUUCCCGGCAGGUUCGCGGCUUCAUUUUUCCGGGUUUUUAUUUCGAUGUCAAUUAGGUUCCGUUCCGCCAUACGCUUCGCUUUUGUUCUUACCUAUCUUUCAUUCUUUGCAACUGCCCUUCUCCUGCUACUGUCGGAUCUAAUCCCACCGUGUGAUCGUCCAGAAUCCGGUAUCCGGGGGAGUCCCAAGUGCGCAAACAAUCUCACCGAAAGUCAAAUCAAUUAUUCGCUGACGAUUAAAAAGUGCUAUGCAAAUGAACGACGUUCCCGUCUCGUGAUGGUAAAGAUCAGAUCGUGCGGCUAUGGUUGAGGUGUGCCCGUUUCGAUAGUCAUCCAUCAAGCUCCCUUCAUCUUUCUCCUUCUCGCUUGGUUGCUUCAAGGGGAUGAACAAACCAAGCGAGGAGCAUUAUUUCCAGUUCUUGCGGUUGGAGUCAUUUGCAUUAACUGUCGUCAGCUGUGUCGCCAGUUUGCUUCCCAUGUUUCAGCAACUUUUUCUUGUCGAUAUUUGACCCUUGGAAAUCUGAUUGACCUUAGAACAGAUUAGGUCAUUAUCUGAUGACAACGAUGGUUCAGUCUAUGUGUCGUCUGUCUGUGGUACAUAACGAGCACUAGAACUACAACAUGUCGAUGUAAUUAUUCGUCGGAUUAAUAUGCUAAUGAUCAGUUGAUGGGUUGUGGUUUCGGUGUAGUGGACAGCAAAUAUGCGCCGUAAAACGAGAACUUUGAAGAUCCAAAGUGUGUCCUGGUAGCUUAAACAUUCUAUCCAUCCCUUCCUAAACCCUAAGUCAUUCGUUAUUACUCUUCCGCAUAUUAAUGUAUUCAUGAUAUUCACCCAACAGUGUUUGUUCUUUUACCUCGCCCUAGAUCUUCGUUCUACGCGUAUUUACCAAAGCCACACGAUGACAACCACACGCGUGAUACUGAACUUCCCCUGGACUAGCAGCGAAAAGCUGAAGGGUGAUUUCUUCCAGGACACCGGAGUUACGGAUGCGGUCAUGAAGAUCGCCCGCAAGGAACUGCGCGAAGAUAAAACGAUCCGGGAACAGUCGCUCGAGCAACUGCGCGAAUGGUUGCACAAGAACGGUGAUGUGGAGAACGUGCGGACAGACGAUCUGUUCCUGUUGCGGUUUUUGCGCACGAAAAAGUUUAGCGUUCCGAUGGCACAACAGAUGAUACUGAAAUAUCUGAACUUUCGUAAAGUGUUUACCCAUCUGAUCCACACGCUCGACUUCAUGUCCCCCAGUGUGCUGAAGCUGCUGAACAGUGGUUACAUCUUCCCGUCGCCCAUUCGAGACAAGCACGGACGCAGAAUUAUUGUUGGAUUUGCCAAUCACCUCAAUCCGGCAGAACACAACAGCUCCGACAUGGCACGAUUGCACUUCAUCACCUACGAAACGCUGAUGGAGGAUCCCGAGAAUCAAAUCUGCGGACUUGUGCACAUCGGUGACUUCAAGGGUAUCUCGACGGCACACAUCGCCUGCUGGAAUCCGACCGACUUUCUGCGCAUCAUGAAGUGGGGCGAACAGUCGGUCCCGAUGCGAAACAAGGAAGUCCAUCUGGUAAACGUCCCGUCCACCGUGAAGUACAUUAUUGAGGCGGGCAAGGCGAUGGUUAGCAAAAAGAUGAAGGAACGACUACAGGUCCACGUCACUGUGCCGGAUCUCUGCCGUAAGGUAGACCCGGCCUGCCUACCGAAAGAGUUGGGCGGUACGAUGCCGAUGGCGGAGAUGAUUGAGCUGUGGAAGAUGGAACUAGCGGCAAAGCGAAACCUUGUCCUUUCCACUUCCAACAUGCGCAUCCUCAGUGAUCGGGGUAUCGUCUCGCGGAACGGUACCGAUCGGAACAACAACAACAGCAAUUCGCUUGGCAUGGAAACGAUCACCGGUAGCUUCCGCAAGCUGGAAGUGGAUUAGCGACCAAAAACGGAAGAAAAGCAAGAAUGCUGAAAACAAAAAACGAGAGAGAUUUGUUAGUGUAUAGUUUGCGAAUGUAUACAUAUGUGUGUGAUAACAAUUUACCUUUCUUACGAAAGUGACAUCGUAGAUCCCAGACCGAAGCGAUCCACUUUACUACGUAACAUUUAGGUUGAUGAUUCAUGUAAUUAAGAUUCACAGUUGACAGGGUUUAGUAUAACGUUGUGUAUGGUAGCUUUACUGAUUUUGUAUUUUCCUUUUGUUUUGUUUUUCGUUUCGUUGGUUUGUAUACUAUUUUCACUGUUUUUUUUUUGUUUUGUUUCAUUUCCUUUCAAAUAUUGCGUUAAUUUUCAAGUGUGAGUUCGAAUGCGCUUCCCGUCCGAAACUAAAGCACCUGAACAGUGCUGCUAGCAUAAGACACAAUUAUCUACUGCGUUAAUGCUUUAGAACUACAAUCACAACACCCAACCCUACAGGCUAGACGAUAGAUAUUAGUAGGUAUACGCGAAAGGAAAGGUUGAUCGUCGGAAAUCUUGUACAAGCUAAGAAAAUGCUGCAGUUUUGCCAAUAAAAUGUCCCACAGGAACAACA